AUGACCUACAGCUGCUGCUCUGGAAACUUCUCCUCCCGUUCCUUUAGGCCCUGCCUGCCCUCUUCACCUUCCUCCUGUGGCUCUUCCUACCCCAGCAACUUGGUUUACACCACUACCAGUUGCUUUCCCAGACCCUGCCAGGUGGAAUCCUCUCUGAACACCAGGUGUCAGGAGACCUGCAUUGAGCCCACCAGAUGCCAGAGGUCCAGUGUGGUGUCCAGACCCUGCCAGACAGCCUGCUACUACCCGAGGAGCUCCACACCUUGCAGUCCCUGCCAGGGAACAUAUGCUGGAUCUCUGGGCUUUGGAUCCAAGAGCUGCCGUGCCCUGGGCUAUGGAUCUAGAAGCUGCUACUCAAGGGGCUGUAGAUCCAGUGGUUUCAAAUCCCUGAAUGGUGGAAUCUAUGGCUUCCCUUCCCUGUGUUAUGGGUCUGGAUUCUACUACCCAGAAUACUUGGCUUCUGCAACAUUCCAACCUUCUUGUUAUAGAUCAAUCUAUGGCAUUGCCUUCUAG